AUGAACCGGGUCGCGCCGUACCAUGGCCCGGCAGCCGAAGUCGUCCACGCGCCGCGCCUUCCCCUCUUUCCCGAGCUCGCUGGGAUGACGUACCUCGUGGUGUCUGUGGGCCUCAGCUUUGCCGCGCUCAAUGCGUUUGGUCGGUACACGAGCUCCGACUUUUUUGUUGCCGACUUUGACAGCACGACAGCCCUCAUCGUACAGUCGUUCAAUACGGCGCUGACGACGACGACGACGGCAUCGACCACCGUUGACAUGACACUACCGACGCUGUCGACUGUGCCGUUGGGUGUCAACCCAGCGUACCCACGCCUGCUCAUGUACAGUGAGCUCACGACACUACCCACUGCAAUCCAGGGCCUUCGGCGCUUGAGUCCGAGCCUCGUCGUCAAAAUGGUGUCACUCUACUGCUGGGUCGACUUGGGCCGGCGGUGGGAGCUUGCGUACUCGGCGACGCGCCAAGCGCGUUGCUCGCGCGAGUACGCCGAGAACGGUGCUAUGUACCUCGAAUCGGUACUUCGCAACAUUCCGCUGACCGCCUGGCUCAAGCUCUCUGGAAGCAAGUUUGAGCAGUGCAUUGGCCUCCCAAUUCGAACGAGCGGGCCCGCUGGACUGCAAUGGUACAACGCUCUCCUCAACCACACGACAUGGAGUGCGAUGGAGGACGAGAUAGCGCUCUGGCGCGCCUCGGGGCUGCGUCAUUUCACGCUCCAGUAUGGUACGGGCAUCGGCAUAGGGGUCACCGAGUCGAUUGCUGUAACCAACGCGCUCGGUGUCUCGCUGGCGCUACCGCUCAAAGCCAUACCGAUGGUGAAUCGCUGGGUCUUUCGCACGACGCUCGUUCUGAACGAUCUUCUCUACAACGAUCUGUGGGCGAUAGCCAAGAAUACGAGCCUUGUCCGGAGCGCCCCCAACUACUUUGGUCUCACCCACCCGUUCGCGAUCGAGGCAUAUGCCAAGGGACAUCCGCUCAAUGCCGUCUACCAAGCGCUGCACGACCAGCUUGGCCCACUCGGCAACAUUGACGCGAUCUGGGUACCACCGCCCCGGGCCCUCGUGGCGGCGGUCACGAGCUUUCGAACAACGAUCCUCGCGCACAUGCGUGACAAUGCAUCGGUCGCUGCGCUCGUCCACGAGGCGGCGAGUCGAGGGCUCGUCCUCACGCCGACACCGGUGCGCUGGCAAGACCCGUCACUGCUCUUCUACGGCGGCAACCCCAUGUGCGGGGACGGAUCCGCUUUGCCGUUUGUGCAGCAGACGUUCGGUUUUGACGACGUCUGCGGCGCCCAGCGCCCGCUUACGGUCGAGUGGCAGGGUCUCAACGGCUUGUUUGCAUACCAUGCAACGCACUUUUCGACUGCAUUCUUUUGCAGUCAGUGCCCCCGCGAAGCGCAGGUCGACUGCGUGCACGGCUACGCUGGUGCACGGCGCGCUAUCGAGGCGCUGCCUUUCCCGAAACCGAGUCCGUUUGCGAGCAAUGGAACGCUCGACCUCUCGAUUGAAUUACUUCAGAUGGUUCAAACCCCACCCGGCGCGAUCGCAUUCGAGUACCAGCCGCUGCUGGAGCCGACGUGGUCCUUCUUUGGAUGCAUGAUGCUUUACGACUGGGUGUUGAACCAUCGCGAGGUGCUCUCGAUGCAAGGCGAUGUCCAAGAGCGCCAUCUCAUCUCGAGCUUCUAUGCGCCAAGAGCGUUUGAUCCGGUCUUGCCGCCGGCCGGGCUGGGGCCGUACCUCUUACGCUUUGGUUCGAUACUUACGUUCACCUUGGCGCUAGUGGGAUUGGUCGCGAUCUCUCUCUGGCUUCGCGUGCGACCGCGGGGAACGCCGUGGCUAGCGUUUUGGCCCGUCGCAGGCUCGGUCUGGGUCAGCCGCAAUCUACUUCUCGUCCGCGGCGUCAUGGCUACAAUCUGCCUCGCCAGCGUACCCGUACAAGCGAUGGCGACGCCAUCCCUGCGCCACCUCGCGGCACCGCCUCGACCCUGGUACCUCAGUUGUCUCUUGGCCAGCGAGUCGCUUUGGCUCGUCUACUGUAUCCAGGACCUGCUAUUGCCCUACACGUACGUGCAUAUUCGCGCGACAGCGCCGUACACAUCCCUUGCUGCGUGGUUGAUCGUCGUGGCACUCGACCAAGGCGCGAGUCUUUUUCUUCUUGCGUCCAUCGACCGCAGCUGCUAUUUGAUCAACAUGGACAACGCCAUGGUAUGCAAAAGCGGGUCAUUGCAACUCGGGUGGCCCUCGCGUGCGCUGCUCAUCCUUGGCGUACACAGUGUUUCUGUGGUGCUGUGUGUCGUAUGGACCUUUGCGCAUCGUGACGCGGACCGCGUCGCGCCGCACAAGCUACUGCCUCUCUCGGCCGUCGCACCGAUUGCAUUCGCAGCCAAUGCCACCGUCGAGCUCAACGAUGUGGGCGCCUGGGUCGCCGGCAUGGUGUAUCUCCGCUACAACAACGUCGAGUACAUCUUUGACUGCAAGCUAUGGCGGCUCGUGUCGCUUGAGGACUAUAGCAUUCAUCGACGGCAAUUCCGCAGUCAGUUUCACGCUGUUGGCUGUGCACCACUAUCUGCCCUGCUUGAGCGUCUGCCUCACCAACCAUCCAUCUUGUCGGCGUGGUGGAGUCGGCACGGUCUUGGUGGCCACUGUGUUGUUUUAGUAAUGGGAAUUACGUACAUGGUGUUUACCCUUCUUGGCAACGUGGCGUAUCUCAAGGUGCUGCAAGGGGCCAUGGCCAACGACUUUGGCUGGGCGAGCUUCAAUACCUCGGGGACGCACGCCUUUUUGGCCAACUUGUGCAAUCGUCACCUGCUCUCAAGCUCGCAUCUGUCGACUCUGGAGCUUGAAAGUCGCUUCAACAGCGAUCUCUCGCAGUCGUACGCGACAGUGGCAUCGGCGACCAUCUCAUGGUACCCCACGAUACCCCGCCGGCAACUCUUUGCCCCCCACCCGGUGCUCGCCGACGUAAUCCGCGGGCUUCGAUCCAUGGACCCGGCACAGCUUCCAUGGAUGUUCACGCAGUACUGCUGGCUCGACUUGAAUCGAACGUGGUCGAUGGCAUCCACGCCCCGUCGCCAAGCGCGCUGUGCAAGCUCUUCAGCGCACAAUGGCGCGCGGUACCUUGAGACGAGUCUUCGCAACGUUCGCGAUUGGGACAUUUGGUGGUCAUUGUGGGGGGACUCGUACUAUGUGGGCAUCCAAAGGGUUCUGGAUGCCACGCUAGCGGGGCGCUCGUGGCAGCAACAAGUGCGCGCCGCCGGUAGCACUUCGAUUCUUGACGAAGUGGCGCACUGGCAAAUGUUUGGGAUCACGACCUUUUUGUUGCAAUGGCAAAACUACAAGGCGACGGGCUUUCAAGACGCAUUGGUGCUUACGACAGCGCUCAAUCUGCAGUACCACCUACCGCUGAGCCACGCGGACAUGAACUUUGAUAUCACGCGACAAACGUCAAUGCGCAUGUAUUGGGGCAUGGCCAGCGAUUUGUGGGCAAUCGGGUCAAAUACCACGCGCAUUGCAGGCCUCUCGCUGCUCGCGUCGAGUCCGGCGUUUGCGUUUGCCAACACCACGCCCGAGCAGCUGCUUUUCGACAACUAUACGCUCGUUGCGCCGCUCUCAUCGGGCUUGGCGAGCUUGCAAGCGACACUCGGUCCCUUCAACGUCAUUGACAUGGUCUAUGUGCCGAUUCCAUCGUCACUCCAGGCCUUGUAUGCAGCGCUCGUGCGGGCGGUGGCCAACUUGACCGUCUCGGACCUCAACGCCCAAGCAGCCUAUCUGAACCUCCCGAUCAAAUCCUACAUUGGCCACGUCCCCAGCGACCUCUUGAGCGAUGUCUCUGCGAAAAUUGUGGGCGGCAACAUCUUUUGCGGCGACGACAUAGCGCCAACGUCACCGUACAGUGCGCUCGCCGCACCGUUUAGCGCCGACAGCUUGUGCCACGCGUGGCGUCUCGAGUACCUCCGGCCGUCCACGACGGGGCUGCUGCUUGCGCUUUUGGGGUAUGCAAGCACGCGUGAUGUUGACCUUAUGGGGGAUUUGAAUGCCUUUUGCAGCUUGGAUGUGUACGCCGAGCCCAACUGCAUGGCCAUCUACGCGGCCAACUGGAACUUUACGCGCGACUACAUGUCAUCGUUUAUGAGCCUCUCCAAGCUUGCACGGGCGGUUCACGCUGACGUCGAGCCACUCAACAUUCGCAUGCUUCAGUAUGUGACGCGCGGCACGCAGCAGGUCGAGCUCUACGAGCGCGGCUUUUUUGAUGCGUCUUGGGAUCGCACCUGGCCUUUCUUUGGGUGGUGCUACCUCUACGAAUGGGCAAUCGGUCAGCGCGAAGUCGUGUCGUUCCAAGGCGACGUUGGCGUCCUUACGACGAUCUCGACGCACAUGAACCCCGUGUCCAUGACGCUAAGUGCGAGUUCGAUUCCGACGCAGCUCUCGUACAUGUGCCAGCAGUGUGCUCGGUAUGUCACGGGCCUGUGCAUGGGUGUCACGGGGCUUCUUGGCAUCUACGGCCUGUCCGCCCGAGGCGCGAUCGAAGGACUCAAUUUAUUUGAAUUCAACCGCAUUGUGGGUCAUGUCUGGGUCGGUCGGACGCUUUUGGUGGUGCGCAGUCUCACGGCGCUAUGGCUCUUGAACACGAGCACGCUCACACUUGGCUUGGUGGGCAGUGCGACGUGCUUCACACUGCCCCCGCUGCCAUGGACCAAAACGGUCCUCGCCGCGUCCGAGCUCACAUGGCUCAACUACAUUCUCAACGACCUCUUGAGUUUCGCGACCGAGCGCAUUACGAUCUAUUACGCGUGGAAGUCGACGUUGUGCACGUGGCUCAUUGCAGUCAUCUGGACGAUCCAAGCGCCGCAGCACGCACAUGUGCAGAUUGGGAGCUUUCAGCGCGUGCUCGUCGACUUGGCCAUCGUGCUGUCGUCUGUGCUCGGUCUUGCGUUGAUCGAGUGGCUUCGACUGCGGAAAAAGGAGUUGCCGAACCGAAGCAUCCCGACGCUCCUACUGAGCUCGUCGAGCUUGUACAUGUUGGAGCUCGACAACUGGACGCACCUCGGCGAGUGCUUCCUGGACCAAGCCUCCGGCGUCCUCGCCGGUCUCCUCACGCUGCAUUGGCACGAACAACUCUAUGUAUUUGAUAUCAAGAGCUGGCGAUUCUAUACAAGGAGCAUUCCGGCAACCACAAAGCUCCGACACCGUUUUCGCCGGGCGAUCCCGCUCACACAAUUUCGGUGAGAGGCGCUCGCACGAGCUUGAGGCUUCCGUAACCACAGAUGCCUUCUAUAUCAUGCGUUGAU